AUGAUGGAGCUGUACGUGCUGCUGCCGUGGUUGUGCGUUGCGGUUUUAGAGCUCACGGGCGGGGUAACUCAUGUGGAGGCAGUACCGAAAAAUGGCAAGCAAUCGAUCAAGAAGAAGUACAGGCCCAUCUAUCACAUAUCGUCGCCGAGGGGAUGGAUCAGCGACCCCACGGGCUUCACGUACUUCAAGCGGCAGUACCACAUGUUCUUCCAGUACCACCCGCACGACGGCACCUGGGGCAACAUCCAUUGGGGGCACGCAGUCAGCAUGAACCUCAUCGACUGGACCCACUUCCCCCCGGCGAUCGUCCCUAAGGAGUACUACGAGAUGCACGGCUGCCAAUCGGGCACCGCCUUAGUGCACAACAACUACCUCACGCUCUUCUACACCGGCACCGUUGUGGCGGACAACGAAACGUUCCAGACGCAGAACCUAGCGUUGAGCGCCGACGGAAUCGUGUUCCAGAAGUACAUAUACAACCCCUUGAUAAGGGAGGCGCCGCACGGAGUCAGCGAGUUCCGCAACCCGAGGGUAUGGAAGUUUCGCAACACCUGGUACAUGAUGAUCGGCACAACGUCCCGCGAGAGGAACGGCAAGCUUAUACUUUACACGUCCGGCGACAUGUUCAACUGGAAACUGGACGGCACCAUAGCCGAGUCGAUGGGCGACAUGGGCAACAUGUGGGAGAAUCCGGACAUGUUUGAGAUGGACGGCCAGCACGUGCUGAUUUUCUCCGCGCAGGGCGUCAAAACCGAGGGGUACAGGUUCAGGAACCUUUAUCAGACCGGGUACGUAGUUGGCAAUUUCGAUUACGUGCUCGGCCAGUUCGAGGACAUAGAAAUAUCCACGGCCACGUUCACCGAGCUGGACUACGGUCACGACUUCUACGCGGCGAAGACCAUGUUGGCGAGCGACGGGCGGCGGCUGCUCGUCGCGUGGCUGGGCAUGUGGCAGAGCGACUUCAUAGAGUCGAAAGACGGCUGGGCGAGCAUGUUGACCAUGGUAAGGGAGCUGCGCCUCUCCGAAUCGAGCCGUUUGAUCAUGACCCCCGUGCGGGAGAUAGUGGACCUGCGCGCGGAGAUCUUGGAGGACGCGUGGUACAGUCCCGGCGAAAUGUUCUACGCGGGCACCAAGUCCUUCGAGUUGAUAGUGAACUCGAGCACGAUAGUAUCGUUCGUCGGCCUCGCACUCGAGUGGGGCACGGAGAACAGAUACUCGAUAGGCUACCACGCGGACCACGGCCACGUGAGCGUCGACCGCGGCGGCACGGACGGUGUGAGGAUCGCCGAGUGGGUCCCGGUGGGCUACAUCCACUGGCGCAUAUUCGUGGACGGCAGCUCCAUAGAGGUCUACUGCGGCGAGGGCGAGGUGGUCUUCACCAGCCGCAUCUACCCCAAGAAGGACAUACGAGUGAGGGUAUCCGGCGACACGCAACUGCACGUCACCCAGUACAGGCUCCGCCGCAGCAUCGGCCACAAGAACAAAAAGCCAAACAAGCACACCAAGAAAAAGACGAAACAGCUGAAGAGGUUCAAGGUUGACUCCGACACCGCCAUA